AAUACUCACAGCCAGCGGCCGAAACGCAAACAGUUGAUUUUAGCAUUCCGGUGAAAUAAGAUUGCUGGCUUGAGGUGUAAGGUCCUAUGCUCAAAAUGAAAUUCGUGAUAAUCCUACUUGUUGCGUUGUUUGCCCUUGCAACGGCACAGUUUGGUCCGUUUGGCCAAAUCAUUAGGGGUAUCGAACGAUUGGAGCAAGGUGGCUUUCAGCAGCAGCAGCAGCAGCAGCAAAGCGGCUUUGGCGGCGGCCAGCAGCAGCAGCAGCAGGAGGAGGGUGUCAUCUUCAGAGGUCCUUUCGGCGGCGGAGUGGAGUUCUUCCAGGAGCAACAGCAGCAGCAGCAAGGCGGUGCAGGUCAGCAGCAACAGCAGCAGCAGGAGAACCUAUUUAACUUCUUCGGCUGAUGCUGCUCCACAAGGAAGACUAGGCAUACAUACAGUAGACUGAACACCAUCUAAAGAACUCAGAGGCAAGCCAUCACUUACAGCCAUGAUCCAUAGCGAGUAACUCAACAUGAAGAAAUAUUUUUAAAAAUACGCAAUUAUAAACAAAGACAUAUUAAAAAUACACGAUUAUAAACAAA